AAAAGUUCGACAUGGCUCCUCUUAGGUUUCUCUCUGACAACGUUGUAUGUUGUACGGUAGUUGACUGUAGUUCUGUGUCGAUUUUUGUAAUACGUAGCGAAUACGCAGUGUAGUUUUCUACUACUGUUUUCUAUUAUAAGUAUCUAUUGUUUAUUUAUGCAAUGAUUAAUGUGCAGAAUGAAGAUUAUGAAGCUUUAAAGCUGUAGUCAAACCAGAUCUCGUUAUUUUCGUUAAAAUUAAUCGAGGUAGAACGAAACGAAAAUUUAAAAAAGUGAAAAAAGUGACAGCUGUUGCAUCGAAUCUUCAGAGCCAAGAAAAAAGGAAGAUAGUAAUUUAUGAACAAGAGAGGAAUCUUUCUCGUGAUUUGAAAAUUUCGACAAAAUUGAGAACAGCAGUGGCCCAUUGUAUCUCAUAUCAAAAGGAAGAAAAAUCUCGUAUCUCUCUGAAGCAGCAUAGAAUGGAUCACACUCUACCUGUAAAGGCAAACUCCGGAGCCACCGAGUCCUCAGUCGAAGCGCUCGCAACCAUGUCAACCUCCCUACGAUCCAGGCACAGCCGUAGCUCCUUCUUCCUCUGCGGCAACGGAGACGGCGACGCAGCAACAGGCUCCACCUGCUCAGUCGACGCAGAAGGUACGACAUCAUUCGCACCCAAGACACCUUCCGAACCUUCCAUCCAGCAGAUUCAACUGCAGGGUCCGUCGGCAACCCUGCAGUCAGCCCAUCGCUUGAUGACGACAUACCGAGGGCAGGGACAACAGAUCCCCAGUCAGCCGGUCCUGAGUUCCGAAUCUCAGGCGAUUUUUUUCAUUUUCCGUGUCUAUUCCAUGAUGCUAGAUUGCCGGUAGUAGUACGGCCGAGGAGUACGCCGACCAAUUCCCCGGUUCGUCUCUAGUUCUUCACGGCGUCGAGUUGAUGAUCCGCCACGUCGAUGUGGAGGGAACAACAAAGCAAAACUUCCCACUAAAGGGAAGCUUACCCACACACCGACGGAAGACGUCGAUAACCUCCGCCACAGUCCGCGCACAACACCAAGCACCGCACGCGAAGAGAGACUGCAAGACCAACGACGCUCCAAAUACCAGAAGCACGAAGAUUAAUGUCGCUCCACAAAGCAUAACAGUGGGGAGAACCAAGCAGGAAAUACACCGCCACCAACCCUCUCAUCCCUAAGCCACACUUACUGGGAUAACCCAGUACUCCCUCCCCCUUGACUACUAUUGGACGGUUCACCUACCGCCCAUUGGGCGGUCUAUCCACCUGUGGUCGCGCACCAUGGAACAGGGGGAUCUUUUAUAGAGGGCCCACCUCGUCGUUCGAGAAAUCGGGUGCAAUCUCGGACGCUCGGUCUCUUCCAAUGGUGCAAGAGAAGAGAUUACGAGAGUUUAGGCACCGCGGGUUCGCUAUACCUGUAGUGGAAUCAUAUCGAGAUGCGCCCGGGGAUGUUGGAUCGCAUCGGAAAUAAUCCCAAUUGCGGGAAGCCAGGUUAGCUUACCGAGCUUCUUUGUGACCAUUGUUCAUAUAUCUAUUUUAGAAUAUAAUCUUAGGAUAAGAAAGCGUUAGAAAUACGAUCUUUUCUUUCUUUUCUUUAUGUUUUGCUUUUAAUAACCCUUAUCUAUUUACCUGGACGAAGGUCUCUUAAGAUAAAAAUAGAAAUAAGACUUUCUGAAAACCUAAGGUAUCUACUUAACAACUCAAUAACUCGAAUUUUCUAGAAGUAUUUCCGAGCCUUAAAAUAGAGAGCGCUUGGAUUAAGUGAGCAGUCCAUUGAAAUCCUACGAAACCGGUCGCAUCUAAGAAUGAAAAUUGUAAUAAAGUGAAUUUUGUACAAGAU